CUGAACAUGACAUAAAACCGGUGUCAAUAUUUUUAGUCUAUGUUUGACUGAUAUGGUCAAAGGUGGUCGAUUAAAUAUUUUUCACAAAUUGUUUGUUAAAUAAGGCGGGAAGCAGUUUUUGGCAUUUUAGAAAUAAAAAUGAGUGUUGAAGAAGAUGUAAUGAAAAUACAAAAGAAGUUGACUAAGAUGACAUCGGAUGAUGGCACGGGUCAAGAAGAAGCUUUGGAGCUUUUAAAGGCUCUUCAAACAAUGGCAAUAAAUUUAGAUGUCCUCACGAAAACGAGGAUAGGCAUGACAGUGAAUGCUUUACGCAAGUCCAGUAAAGAUGAAGAAGUGAUAUCAUUGUGCAAAACAUUAAUCAAGAACUGGAAAAAGUUUUUGUCAACACCAGCUACACCAUCUAAGGACUCCGGUGGCUCAUCGAAGCCUAAAAAAGAUUCAAUCAAAGAUAAAGAGAAAAGGGAUGAAAGAGAAAAAGAGAAAAAAUUACCAGCAUCAUUUCCACCACAAUCAAAUACAACCGAUGCUGUUAGACUUAAAUGCAGAGAAUUGCUAAUGCAAGCGCUUAAAAUUGAUGGUGAAAACCCCAAUGCCUGCGCAUCUCCAGAGGAACUAGCCGAAGAGCUAGAAGAAUGCAUUUAUGCAGAGUUCAAAAAUACAGAUAUGAGAUACAAAAACCGAGUCCGAUCUAGAGUAGCCAAUCUUAAGGAUCCAAAAAAUCCUACACUACGAACAAAUUUCUUGAACGGAGUCAUUGCUGCUUCACGUCUUGCUAAAAUGACACCAGAGGAGAUGGCAAGUGAUGAAAUGAAAAAACUUCGUGAGAAGUUUAUAAAAGAAGCCAUUGAUGAUGCUCAACUUGCAACCGUACAGGGUACUAAAACAGAAAUGCUUAAAUGUGGUAAGUGUAAGAAAAAGAACUGCACAUACAACCAACUUCAAACAAGAAGUUCUGAUGAACCUAUGACAACUUUUGUUUUAUGCAAUGAAUGUGGCAACCGCUGGAAAUUUUGUUAAGACUGCAUUUAAAAUAUUGAGAAAAAUAGUGUAUCUUUUAUAUUAUGGUACACUGGAGUAUCAAAUAAAUAUUAUAAACUUACUAUGAAUUGUUUUCACAUUUCAUUGCAUUGACCUUUUUCUCUAAUUGAAAUUAUGUGAAAUAGAUAAGGUUCUUAGUUUUAAAAAUAUUGAAUAAAUUUACUUGCUUUAAGUGA